CCCAAAGAUACCAAACGAGGGCUGCCUUGUCGCUCGCGUUCGCUUUGGUGAUGAUGGCGAACGGGACGAUUCCUGCAGUGGGAGAUACAUGCAGCUCGAUUACGUCGUGCGAUGACUGCAUCAAGACGUACACGUGCCACUUCUGCGAGUACGACCUGCAAUGCCACGCCAUUGGGUCCACCUCGGGCUGCAUCAAGGGCAUGUCGACUUGCCAUCAUAUCGAAGAUUGUGUCCGAAAGGACCCUGAGUAUGUCGGCUACGGGCCACCCGGCUAUGUUGUGCUUGGCGUGCUGUGCUUGGUGUCGACGUUAGUGUGUUGCGUGGGUGGCUGCACCGUUCUUAUUGGGAUGAUUCGUCGUGGACGCGCGAGAUCUGCCACGCGUGCAACCUCUCGGCGCAAUGUGGCGAAACACUCCGCUACCGACGUUGACAAUGACACUACAACAUCCCUGUUGAGUCCCGUGGACGACGUCGAAGGCGGCAGCUCGAGUGAUGAAACCCCGCCUCGCGCGCCGGUAGAUCCAGAGCCAGCUCCUCGCAGCACGUUUGGCACCUUGUGCAGCCGAACCAUCUGGCUGGGCAGCCUCGUGGGCUUCACCAUAUGUGCGCUCAUGUACUACCCACGUGUUCCAGACUACCAGAUUUGCAAUCAGCAGUUUGAUUGGGAGUCUAUCUUUGCCAGCUUGAUCAGCAUCAAGCCAAAGAUUCACUACCAGAUUAUCACAAGCGUCGUGAACGAGAACCGUUUUGCAUUUCAUUUGGACAGCGGCGUCGCUGACAUUAGCCACAACGGCAUCAAAGUCGGCACGUGGGCCAUCUCGAAUUGGACGGCCGAAGCCGGCGCCGUCUCCGAUAUGUUGGCCAUGGUCAAGAUCGAGCCCAGUACAUUUGCCGAGUCGAUGUCGCUGUGGAAGGAUUUUCAUUACAACAAUUUGACAUUUCAAAUCAAUACAAACCUGACGGGGUCCAUUCGGUGGGGCAGCCUCAAGCUGUAUUCGUUCUCGGUGCAAGCCCCGGCCGUCGACUUUUUGGUCGGUGACAAGUACCCCCGAGACUUAUGCAAGUGCACCGAAUACUUGACCCCCACGAACAAAUCAUUGAUGAGCCUCCACUAACACCUAUAUACAUGGACGAGCUUGGUGGAAAUGAACCAGCUACGCUAGGCCCAACAGAGAAACCACGUUGCAUGCCCAUGAACGAUGGCACGGAUCGAAUGAAGGGUUUCCAGUUGCUCG